CUAUCUCUAUAUAUAAUGAUGCAACUAUCUCUAUAUAUAAUGAUGCAACUAUCUUUAUAUAUAAUGAUGGAACUAUCCCUAUAUAUAAUGAUGCAACUAUCUCUAUAUAUAAUGAUGCAACUAUUUAUUUAUAUAAUGAUACAACUAUCUCUAUAUAUAAUGAUGCAACUAUCUAUUUAUAUGUACAUAGCGAAAUGA